AUGCCUUUGGGAGGGUCCGUCCUCCGCUUUCUCCGCCAGGCCCUUCCAGCCUUGGAGGACUACAUCGGCCAUUUUGCAUCGCACGAAGAGCUGCUCCAGCUGGAGCCAGCCAACUUUGUUCAAGCCAAGGUGGACGGGGACAUCUCCACGCCAGAAGCGAAACAAUGCAUCUUAGAGCAACAGCAGAAGGAGCUCGAGGUUCUGGAUUCCAUCCCCGAGUCCGUGGUCAUCGGCCUCUACGAGGUCUCGUGCCACGAGAUCCGCAAGAGCUUCGCGGGCAAGCACAGGAAGAUCCAAGAACUGCUCCUGGAUAUGCUCUUGACCCGAUUCCGCGAUGGUGCGCAGGAGAUCGUGGAUGGCUAUUCAGGGAUUUUCUCGCAGCUGAGAAAGACACCCAAGGAUAUUGAGGAAGUGGCCAACAUGCGGGAGUACAUUGCGACCAUCCCGGCGGAGAUACUGAAGCUCGCUCCAGAGACCAAGAGGUGCUUGGAUACCUAUAUGGUUCUGGAGGAGUUUGGAGUGCAACUCACCGCCGACGACUUCUACCAACGCUGGCGGGUCUUCGGAUGUCCCAAGUCCACGUACGACCUGGUGUCCAAGGUGGAGGAUGACAUCAAAGAGUUGGAGGCGCAGUUCGAAGCGGCCCAGAUGCAAGAGCAGGCCGACUUCGAUGAGAGCAUCGUGGACAUGGCCAAGACCAUCGAGAAUUUCUCUCAAUAUUCGGACUUUGAGAAGCUGGAAGAGAUCCACGAGAACGUGGAGAGUGUCAACGAGCGCUUGAAAUCCGCAGCAUCCCAAGCGAAGCUCUUCAACUCGCGCGAAGCGCUUUUUGGAAAGGAGGUCACAGACUAUGGCAUGAUCGCGCAGCUCACCAAAGAGUGGGAGCCCUUCACUCAGCUAUGGGUCACAGCCUUCAACUGGACCAAGGAUUCCAAGAAGUGGCUGAGUGGACCUUUUCAGCAAGUGGAUGCCAAGUUCUGCGAGAGCAGCGUCACGGCGGGCGCCAAGACACUCUACAAGGCGGUCAAAGCUUUUGAGAAGCGCGAGAACUGUGAUGAGGUGCUGCAGAUUGCAAAGAACAUCAAGGAGCAAAUUGAUGACUUUGUUCCCAAAGUGCCCUUGGUGGUGGGACUGCGGAAUCCGGGCAUGGCCGAUCGGCACUGGGAACAAGUGUCGAAUCUGAUCGGGACGCCCGUGCAACCCACGAUGGAGAAUUUCACCUUGGAGAACUUCAUUGAGCUCGGCUUGGUGCCUCAUGCUGCAGCCAUCGCGGACAUCGGCGACCGGGCCGGCAAGGAGAGAAACAUUGAGACGCAGCUCAAGACGAUGCAGGCUGCCUGGGACAAGGUCUUCUUCGACUGCAGCGAGCCUUACCGGACAACGGGCACGUACAUCCUCAAAGGUGCUGACGAGGUUAUGGCCGUCUUAGAUGAACAGAUCGUGGUCACCCAGGCGAUGCAGUUUUCGCCCUUCAACAAGCCCUUCAAAGAGGAGAUCGACGAGUGGAACGAGAAGCUCAUGUAUGUGUCAGAGUGCUUGGAUCAAUGGCUGAAAGUCCAACGAGCCUGGAUGUACUUGCAGCCGAUCUUCGAUUCGCCUGACAUCAUGAAGCAGCUGCCGACAGAGGGCAAAAAGUUUAAGGUCGUAGAUGGAAAAUGGCGGCAAACCAUGAGCCGUGUCCAUGCCAAUGGCCACGCGCUCACGCAAUGUACACAGGAAGGCUUGCUGCAGCAGUGGCAAGUGGUGAACAAGGAUUUGGAUAUGGUCCAAAAAGGCUUGGACGAUUAUUUGGCCACGAAGUGUGCUGCCUUCGCGCGGUUUUACUUCCUCUCCAAUGACGAGCUUUUGGAGAUCCUUUCCCAGACCAAGGACCCCUUGCGUGUGCAGCCCUUCCUGUCAAAGGUCUUCGAGGCGAUGAAGAAGCUGACCUUCACUGACUCUUUGGUCGCUACACAGAUGCACUCCAAAGAGGGGGAAAUCAUUGAUUUCGUGAACCCAGUCUCCACGAAAGACAAGAAUGUGGAGACCUGGAUGACCGCUGGGGCACCUGUGGAACUGACACCGCCGAAUGUAGCAGCUUUGCUCACCUUCAACAAGGGAGUGCGGGGGCAUCCGGACGUGCGCCACGAGUCUCCCGCCAUGGGGGAUGAAUCGAAGAUGACCAUGGACGCCGUGGCGGAAUUGGUGUUUGAGCAGUUCCAUGAAGAGAAGUUUCAAGCAGAGGUCGAAUCCUUUAUCCUCACCCAUUUCGAAGAGUUUGCGGUGGCUUUGCCGGAUGGCAGCUGCCCCAUGCAUUGGGUGACCACACAUCGGAAGUACAAGCAGAUCUAUGAGAAACGACUGCUGAAGAUCUUGGACGACUGCGAUGCAGAAGCGACCAGCUUCAUGGACCGUUGCGGGAGGAAACAGCUUUUCGGCGGCUCCCCGGGCGUGCGCUGUGGGCGGAAAAGCCUCCAUGGCGCCGUCUUCGCGCAGCCGCUGUGGGCGGCGCUGCGGGCGGCGGCGUCCCAGGGGGCUCAAGCUGCCAGAGCCGCCCUUGUUGGUGGCUGGGGCGAUUGGCCCUUGUGCAUGUGCCUGGUCACGCCUCUACGCACCGCCCUCUCGUUGGCGAGCCAACAGCCCCACGCGACGGCCUGGCAGAUCUACAGUUCGAUCUGGCAGCAGGGCCCAGCUACAGCUUGGACCGGAGCGACGAUCAACCUCCUCACCAGCAGUCCCAUGUUCAUCGUGCUUGGCCCUUUGUAUCAUUUCUGGAAGGAACGUGUUGGAGGAGUCAUGGCCGUGGUUUUCUCUUCGAUGGUCGAGUCACUUGUGACGUAUGGGCCGCAAACCGUCACAGCGCAGAUGGCGGUUUGGGGGCACAGAAGUACCUCCAUGGCCGAGGUGCUUUGCCCCUAUGGGCCGGGUGUGGUGAUCAUGACGUUGAGGAAUGCCGUCGCGAUGAGUGGGAUCCGACUGCUGAGCGAGCCCUUCGAAAGGGCUUUGCUGUGGGGAAUUGACCAGCUUAGUUUGCCGAUGCCCAAGGGGAUGGUGACCUUUAUGGCGGACUUAUUGGCUUCCUCGGUCACAUCGAUACUCAGCGCGCCCCUCAAUCAACUCUAUACAUUUGCGGUGAUUGACCUGGAAUACCAACAGGCAGGGUACUUGGAGAAGUUGCCGCUGUGUUGGCUCUUCUUGUCAAGCACCUACUUGGUCUGGGGCAACGAUGGGCAUUGGCAUGGCUUCUCAAGCACUUUGCCUCGGGACUUGCUCUUGCGAUGUGUUUUCCACGCUACCCUAAUGAGCUUGUUCGCAUUGGCGGAAAGGAUCUCAGUGAAUCUUUGGGCCAGGUUUGAUCCUGCCAACCUGUCGGAUGCGGACGGCCUCGGGGCGGAACUGUCCAUUGCAAACGCAAAUGACGCUGAUGGGAUUUGUCCAUCUCUGGGCUACAAGAAUCGUGUUCAUCAGCGGUUCCGCAGCGUAGGCUCGUGCGAGCACGUGGCUUCCAUGGCCAAGCCAGGGAAGGAAGCCAACCAGGAAAUCUCAAAGACCCGAGCAAUGGACUACUUGGGUGCCUGCUGCGAGGUCUACGGCGAGGAUCCUGGCUUCCAACGGCUUUGGGCAGGUCUCACGGCCGGCGAAGAUUUCCAGGCCUUCCAGCAACUCAUGUUCGAUGCCGUGCGAGAGAAUUGGGAGCCAGAUGAGCACCAACUGCCGACUCCGGGGUACCAGUUGCACCAGGUCGACGUGGCGAUUCCGGAAGGCGCUGCGCCGGGCACCCUGCUGCGAGUCACCUACCUGGGCUACGCCCAUGAAGUGCCUGUUCCCCCAACCGCUGAGGGUGCCGCCCGUGUCGCGCUGCAAGUGCCCCUGCCGGCGCCGCCCCCCGCGGCGGCGUGGCAAGCGCCAGUGGAAGUGGAAAAUGAGAUGAUCUCUGGUGUGCGCAACGUUUGUCGCAUUGGAGUGGAGUCAUACCCAGAGCUGCCACGCACCGAGUGGGUCUUGCAGAAUCCGGGACAAGUUUGCCUGAACUCCAGCCAAGUUCAUUGGACUGCUGAAGUGGAAGAUGCCAUUAAAAACCACACGGUGGAGAGCUAUUUCACCCGACUCAGCGAACAACUGCUGGACCUGGUGCGCCUGGUACGAGGCGACAUCACUAAGCUCCAGAGGGAUGGCAACACCUUUGGCAAAGCUUGGGUCCAUGAGGGACCUGUUGAACAGUGGCGUGGAGCCUUGGCCGCGGCCAUUCUUUUCGGGAUGCAUUCCGCCUGGUACCAUACCACAUCCAUGGUGGAGGAUCAGGAUGACCUAGACUUCACCUCUGACCUCUACGCGCUCACCGAAAGUAGCACCGAUGAGCUCUUGAACUCUUGGAAGGUCUUUACCGUCCUCAAGGACGACAGUGACCAACACCGACGCUUGGAGAACGCCGCCUGGCGGCUCCAUGCCAUGCAGCGGCUGCAGAAGACACCCACCUUCGAGGCUGCCUCGAAGGAUUCCUGGGCAGCGGAUCAGCUCUUGGGGGUGUGCUUGAAGAACAACUUGAAGAAUGAGACCAUCGAUGACAUCCUACAGGUGCUCCAGCACAUGAACUUCCAACCGGAAGAUGUGCCGAACACGUCCCGUGAGUUGCGAGAACUGCCUCACGAGACGCGCCUGGUGUGUGCCAUCUUCACGCACAGCUUGGAGAGGAACGGCGCGAACAAUUUCUGCCUCUACAUCGCGAGAUUGUUGAAGAAGAGUCAGCCUUUGACGGUUUUUUCGCCCAAGGCCGGGCCCAUGAAGGAAGACUUCGAAAAGUUGGGUUUGGAGGUGACCAUCGUCGACACGACCGCGCCGAGCUUUCUGAAAGAUCUCAGCGGGGCCUUGCGGGAGCGAAAGGUGGGCCUGGUGUUGGCCAACACGAUCAUGCGAUGCGACAUCAUUUUGAUGGCCGCGGAGCUUCAGAUGCCCAGUGUUUGGGUGAUCCAUGAGUCCUGGCCCCAGGACCAGCUGGAUCACUAUGCCAAGGAGGUCUUCAUGUGCAAAGACAUCGAUGCAGCAGUGAUCAAGAGAGCCUUUGCUGCGGCGGGCACCAUCGUCUUCCCUUCCGACAUGCAGCGGCACUUGUACGACGGCAUGUUCCGACCUGAGGCCGGGCAUACCAUCUACAAUGGGAUCCCCCUUCAGCAGCUGAACCAGUUCAAGCAGAAGGAAGAUCGCAGAAAAGUGCGAGCAGCCUUGGGCUACACAGAUGAAGACUUCGUGGUGUUGCACCUGGGGACCGUUUGCAGCAGGAAAGGUCAAGUCUUCUCGGCCACCGCCUGCUCCAAGCUCAUUCAAGAGGACGGCUGCAAGAACCUGAAGCAACUCAUCGUGGGCGCACGAUACAUUCGGGAUCACGAGAUCAAAUACAUCGACGAGAUCUUUAAGGUGGCUGCCUCACAUGGAGUGUCCUGCAAGCGUUGGGAGAACCUGACGGAGGAUGAGAUCGGAAAGCCACAGAUCACCAUCAUGGACAUCCAGGCGGCGGUCUUACGCUUCUACAUGGCCGCUGAUGUGGUUCUCGUCGCCUCGCUCAACGAAGUGCUGCCGCUGGUGAUUUGCGAGUCCAUGGCUUUCGAGCGCCCCGUGGUGUGCAGCGACAUCGAUGCGAUCCCAGAGGCCUUGACCGAUGGCGUAGAGGGCUAUUUGGUGCCGCCGGCGAACGCAGAUGCCAUCCGGCAGAAGGUCUUAAAGCUCUACCGUGAUCCGGAGCUCCGACGCCGUAUGGGCCAGGCUGGAAGAGCCCGUGUGUUGCGACAGUUCAGCUAUGAGCACAUGGGCGAGCGCUACCGGGAACUCUUGGACACCGUACGCAGUUCACCUUCAUCGGUUCCGGUGACACAAGGCUUGAGUGAGUUGAAGGGGAAGACGGUGCUGGUGGACAUGGACAACACCCUGGUGGACUGGGACGGCGAGUUCAUCCGCCGCUUCGCCAAGGCCAGCGGCCGAGCCAUCGAGGAGGUGGAAGAGAUUGUGCGGAACCGAAAGAAGUUCGAGAUUGAGGAGAAUUUCCCCGAGGCGGACCGUGCGCUGGUCUUGGACGUCAUCGCCUCUCCGGGCUUCUACGAGGUCUUAGAGCCCCUCCCCGGGGCGGUCGAGGCCUUGAGCACUCUGGUGACUUCUGGUGUCGACGUGAAGUUGCUCAGUGCUCCACAUCCCGUGUGCGCCGCGAGCUGCGCGAGGGAGAAAUUCCUCAGCGUGGAAAGGCUGUUGGGUGAGGAGUUCCUCGAGAGGUUGAUUAUCACCCGCGACAAGACGCACGUGCAAGGGGAGAUCUUGGUGGAUGAUAAGCCUCAGGUCACUGGACGAAAGGCGGCCGUGUGGAAACACGUGCUCUUCAACCAAUCCUACAACCAGGACGUGCAGGGCAAAGUGAGGAUGCAUUCUUGGUCGCAAUGGGCUGAGACCUUGCCAGGUCGGAGUUGCGUCAUGUACUCUGCAGCUAGUGUAUCGUUUCUGAUGUUAUUCCAGCUGGAGAAGUGUUGGAUGAGCAUCGGGGCCUUGGUAGUCAUUGAUGUCCACGCGAAGGAUACUGUGGAGAAGUUGGCCAAGGAGAAGAUCGACGAUUGCAUGUCGUUUGAAUGGAUCUCUCAGCUUCGCUACUAUUGGGAGAUGGACGACCGCAACGCUGAGAACAUGUGGGUGCGAAUGGUGCAGACUCCAUUCCCCUAUGGCUACGAGUAUUUGGGCAAUUCCUUCCGUCUGGUGAUCACACCCUUGACUGACAUGUGCUACAUGACAUUGAUGGGUGCCCAAAGCCUCAACCUGGGCGGUGCGCCGGCGGGGCCCGCGGGGACCGGAAAAACGGAGACCACGAAGGACUUGGCCAAGGCACUGGCGAAGCAGUGUGUGGUGUUCAACUGCUCUCCGGAGAUGGAUUACCUCAUGGUGGGGAAGUUCUUCAAGGGUUUGGCCUCCAGUGGUGCUUGGUGUUGCUUCGAUGAAUUCAACCGCAUUUACAUCGAGGUGUUGAGCGUCAUUGCGCAGCAGCUGUUGCAGCUUUUCAGCGCCAAGCGAGAACUCACCAGCUACAACGACACCGUGGAGCUGGAGUUUGACUCCACCUUGAUCACCAUGAAACCAACGUUUAACGUCUUCAUCACGAUGAACCCCGGAUAUGCCGGCCGCAGCGAACUUCCGGACAACCUGGCCGCACUCUUCCGACCAAUGGCCAUGAUGGUGCCCGACUAUGCGAUGAUCGGUGAAAUCAGUUUCUAUGCCUUCGGCUUUGAGAAGGGCCGGCACUUAGCCAAGAAGAUGGUCACCACAUUCCAGCUCUGUAGUGAACAGCUCUCUGCUCAGAGUCACUACGACUAUGGCAUGCGCGCGGUGAAGACCGUGAUCGAAGCGGCAGGGCUCAACAAGCGGAAGUAUCCGGAUCAGAGCGAAGCACAGAUCCUGCUACGAGCCUUGCAAGAUGUGAACGCCCGGGUGCCCAAGUUCUUGAAGGAUGACUUGCCACUCUUCUACAACAUCAUCUCAGAUCUCUUCCCAGGAGUUGAGAAGCCUGCUAUUGACUACGGAAAGCUGGAUGAGAUGGCUCAAGAGAAGUCGAAAUCCUUCAACUUGCAACCUACGGAUUACUUCAUCAAGAAACAGUUUGAGCUCUUUGAUAUGAUCCAGGUGCGCCAUGGCAUGAUGCUGGUGGGACCCACCGGUGGUGGCAAGACCUGCUGCUACCGGACCUUGCAGGCUGCUUGCACGGCCCUGGUGGAACCAAAGGACACGGAGUCGCCGUUCCAGAGGACUCACGUGCACGUGUUGAACCCCAAGGCCAUCACCCAGAAUCAGCUCUAUGGCGCGUUCGAUGAGGUGACGCGCGAGUGGUCGGACGGGGUGGCAGCGGAGUUGAUCCGGAAUGCCACACGUGACAACCACAACCCCGAUCAUCACUGGGUGAUGUUCGAUGGUCCGGUGGAUGCUUUAUGGAUCGAAAGUAUGAACACGGUGCUGGAUGACAACAAGAAGCUUUGCCUGGUGAGUGGCGAAAUCAUCGCCUUGACAGCGAAGAUGCGGAUGCAGUUUGAGGUGGAAGAUUUGGAAGUGGCAUCGCCGGCCACUGUCUCCCGCUGUGGCAUGAUCUACAUGGAGCCUGAGAGUCUUGGCUAUCAGCCCUUCUUCGACUCCUGGCUGCAGACCUUGCCAGAGACUUUCUCCUUCAAGCCAGUUUUGGAAGACACCUUGCGGAAGCUCUUGACGGAUUGUGUGGCGCCUUCGAUCUCCUAUGUCCUGAAGAAAACCGUGCGAUGUGUCACAACAACUGACAACAACUCCAUCCAGGCGCUCUUCCGACUGAUGGACUGCUACUUUGUGAACUUCAUCCCCAAUGAGCUGAAACCCGCCAACACCUUCAAGGAGGCCAUCGCAGAGCUCCUUGGAAGCUGUUGGUGGUUUGAUCUGGGGAAGAUUGGACUGAGGAUGCCAGGUGUCAUCAGGUUAGUCCCGAACCUCAUUCCGCUCUUCUUCUUUUGCUUGGUUUGGUCUAUUGGAGCCAGCUGCGAUGCCAAGAGCCGGAAGGGCUUCAGCGAUCUGGUGUGGGCUAUGGUGAGCGAAGAUCUUCGUCCGCCGGUGGUGGAACUCCUGGAGAAGGCCUUUAUCCAGGUGCCACCCUUGCAGGAAAACGUGACCUUCGCGGGCAUUGAGCCGGGCGAUUUGCUCUAUGACUACUUCUAUGACCAGGAACUGGAGAAGCGACAGUUCGUGCCGUGGAUGACGACCAUCCCCAACUUCGAGGUGCCACGGGUGGCCAAGUACGAAGAGAUCGUGGUGCCCUCCGUGGACUCGGUCCGCUUGGUGUAUAUCUUCCAGCUGUUGGUGCUCAAUGACAAGCACGUUUUGUGCCCUGGGCCUACAGGAACUGGGAAGAGCGUCAAUAUCUCUUUGUGGUUGCAGAAGCAGGCGCCAGAGAACUAUCAAGGAGUCUUCAUCAACUUCUCAGCCCAAACACACGUGAACCAGUUGCAGGACCUGAUUGACUCCAAGUUGGAAAAGCGCCGACGUGGAGUCUAUGGGCCACCUGCGGGGAAGAAGAUGGCCGGAGUGCUGUUCAUCGACGUUGAGGGCUCAGCUUACGAACACUGA